AUAAGAAUUGUGUCCAUGGGACAGGAUUGUUGGGGAAAUCAUCAUUCUAUCAAGGAUAAAUAUGAGAGUUCUGCAGUUGCUAUGCUUGUAGUUAAUGUGGGAGUGUAGAACCUUCCUACGUCACUGAUGAGGUCAUAGCAUUCUGCAGGCUUCCCAGAGCUCAUUCUGGUCCAGCAGUUCCACAGAGUGGAGUGAUCUCUGAGAGUUACUGUCUGGAUCCAUCCUUCUCUGGAAGGUUGGAGUGGCUUCAGUUGAAGUGCAAUUAUUCAAUGUUGGCUCCCUAAGGAGCUGACUUCCUUAGGAACUGAGACAAGGGGACCUGGGUGAGGGAUAUCUCUAUCCCACCCUAUGGUCCCUCACUAUGAAACAUCAACAUGAGGAGGACCUGCCUGAUCUUAAGGCUAAUAGCCAAGUCUCACAGAACCUAGAAGAGUCUAUAAAUGCAGUAGAAGAUCUAGUCCAGCCUGGACCAAAUGAAGAGAGGCAAGAGGAGGAAACAGAGGCUUCUUCUCCAUCAAUUUGUUCCCCACAUUCCUCUUCCUCCUCCUCUUCUUACUACACCUGUGUCACCUCACUCUCUGACAGUGAAGAGUCAGUCAGUUCCAGCUACUACUAUGUAGAAACGAUCACAGCUGAGAUCACUGCACAGGAGCCAGAUGCCAAAUUGGAGCCAAUUCCAAAGAGGUCUAGGUUGUACAGCAUGGAGGCAUGGGAGGGGAGUAUACUAGAUUCUUCUCACCAGAAUGUAUCCUCCUCAGACCUACUCAUAGGCAAAGAGAAUGCUCUAGAAGGAACCAGCAAAGAAAUACAAGAGGAGGAGACAGAUGCUUCUUCAUCAUCAUUUUAUUCUCCAUUUUCCUCUUCCUCCUCCUCUUCUUACUAUUCCUUUGACUAUUCACUCUCUGACAGUGAAGAGGAAGCGCCAGUCAGUCCCAGCUACCACUAUGUAGAAACUAUCACAGCUGAGAUCACUGAAUGGGAGCAGGAUGCCAAAUUGGAGCCAAUUUAAGAGGCCUUGGUUGUACAGCAUGGAGGCACUGGAGGGGAGUUUACUAGAGUCUUUUUGCCAGAAUGUAUUCUCCUGGGACCUACUCAAAGCCAAAUAGACUACUCUGGAAGGAAACAGCAAAUAAAUAUAAAAGGAAAAAGCAAGAACCACGAGGGACACUGAAAAAAAAAGACCAGAGCCUCCCAACUUGAAGAGUCCUACAGAAAGUUCCUACUGCUGCCUGACCUGCUUCAGUAUUUUCCUUACUCACAGGGCUCAGGAAGCACACAGACAGCAUGAGGUCAGAGAGAAUUUCAACUGCAGUAUUUUAUUCAACCAAUACAAGAGAGGAGAAUCAUCCUGAAGAAUGGAGGCCAGAUCUUAGUAGACUAGGAAACUCCACCUAGGCAUCAAGAAUACCAGGGUCAAAGUCAGAAUAAAUGCCAUCAAGGAGAGGGAUUGGGUGAAGAUUCAUUGCUGAAGAGUCAGCACACUGGAAGUCUCCCCUGUGGUCCUUUCAAAAUAAAAUAAACAAGUGAACUUUGUAUGCCCCAUUUUGUGAGGCUAUGGAUUAUACAUCAGGGCACCAUACCCAGUUGAAUCAUUUUAUUUUAAAUUUCUUGCCAAGAAUUGGAUGAAACACCUCCAGGACCAAAAGUUCUCCAUCUCUAACAUCUAUUGCUCUCACCCAAGAAAACUGAAAAAGCCCUGUAGACCAGAACAACACAGAAUGCAUUUAAGUCCAAGAGAAAGACAGAGGAGAAAAGAGAGGAAAAGGGAGGGAACCUUUUUAAGGAAGAACAUAGAGACUACAGCAGUGUGAAAAUAUCCCACUCCUGCAUUUCCACAAUUGCCUCUACAGAAUCAUAGGGCCAUGGGCCAUAAAUCUAGAACUUAAAAGCAUGUUAGAGACCCUCUAUUCCAACUGAUAGGGGCUGACAAUGGGAAGUGAAGUGUAGUAAUAGAGUUGGGACCCUCACACUCUGAAAUCUUGCAUUUCUCACCAGUUAGCACUAGUUAAACACCAACUGCAAAACCUGUAGUUGUUACAUUAGUCAAGCAUGAAUUGUAGAUUGAACAGUUGCUCAUUCUGCACCAAAUCUGUAAUUCUAUACUGGUCAUUAGCUUUGUGCCUACUCUGUUUUAUUAAUUGCUCUAUAUUUACUUUAUUAUUAAUUCUUUUAUUAUUAUUAUUAAUCAUAUUGUUCUAUAUUUAAUUCAGAAUGGUAAGGUAUAAUUAAUUACCUAUUGUGGUCCUCCACCCUAUAUUCUUAUUCCAGAAGGGCAGUGAGACCUCUCCCACCUUGACAAAUUAUGGCAAGAUGGACAGUGAGGGAACAUGGGAUACUGGGGACUCUGGCAUUACAGAAGAAUCCCCAAACCUGUGCAUGCUUAUUCCCUAUGAUAUGUGUCAACCCCCAAAACACAACUCCAUCUGAAUUUGGCCCUGUCCAUUUUCCAGGGUUUUAAGGAAAGGUGAAGAUUUCUCUGGAAUGGGAGAUGACUAGCCCCCAGACCCUAAUAAAUAUGCCAACCCACAGAGUGCAGAAGCUAUCAUCUACAGUAAAAGCUGACACUCCACAGCUGGAGCUGCUACUCCAUAUAUAGAGCUGCUAUUCCAUUAGCUCUAGCCUUAUCUAUCAGCCCUCAGGCCACCUCAUGGCCCCCAGAUUAUUCCACCAAGCUAGCAUAUCACCUUAAAUUUCUUCAAAUAAAAUUCUUCUGGAUUGAA